AUGCAGUCUUCAUCACAUGACAUCAAUGUUAAUUUAGGUGCCAUCGAAUCCGUUUCGGAAGCAAUCACAACACCAACUGCCAAUUCAAAAACAUUAAUUAUUGUCGUCGAUACUUGUGUAACAGUUCUUCUUGUGGCUUCAGUUACGAUGUUAGUAGCGCUUGCUCUUACUUAUACAGGACCAUUCGCAACAAUAUCGAGCACAACUACUACAACGACGACUACGACAAUAACAACCGCGACCACAACAGCAAUACAGAUUGCUGCUGCAGGAUCCGAGUGUUCAUCUUAUACAACAAUUAGUGAUUCAACUCGUUUAACAACAUCCACUGGUGGAAGCACUUGCGAUAUAAAUUACUUCAGCACAACUACAACCUGGACUAGAUUUAGUGGUGCUGGUGGGACUCAAUUAGCAACAUCUGCUCCAGGUUCAAAGUACUAUGGUAUACAGAGUCAUUCCCAGCAUCAGGCACCUCUACUAGUGGAACAGUAUGUUGUGCUUGGGGUUCGAAUACUUGUAACUAUUCAAACACAGUUCAAGUAA